UAAGGUGAUUUCCCCACUGCCUUACAUAACCUAUAUAUAGACAUCUCUAUACAUAUGGAUGUACUCAGAACCUAUAGACCUAAAUGGAUGGACACUGCCUCUUGGAAGUGGGCAAUUUUCCACCACCACUGAAGUGCCUCGAUGAGUCGGUAUCAGGCAUUUUAACCUGCUAAAGGCAAGAAGGGUUUGCCACACAGUUCCAAAGGUCUUCCACUCGCCACAGCCGUCAGAGAAAGCAAAAUGAUCGAAGCCAUCGGGAAUCAGUAUGUGGUGGCCAGGCCAGUGUAUUCUGCAAACGCUUUCGGGGAAGAGCAUAAGAAGAAACAGAGACGUCAUAAGACUUUUCUGGAUCAUCUCAAACAGUGUUGCAGCUGUUCCACACAAAAGGCCAAGAGAAUUGCCCUUUCUUCGUUCCCCAUAGCAUCUUGGUUGCCAGCAUACCGCAUAAAGGAAUGGCUACUCAGUGAUAUUGUUUCUGGAAUCAGCACAGGGAUGGUGGCUGUGCUGCAAGGUCUAGCGUUUGCUCUGCUGGUCACCGUCCCCCCAGGCUAUGGGUUGUAUGCAGCCUUUUUCCCAGUCAUAAUCUACUUUUUCUUGGGCACUUCUAGACACAUAUCUGUGGGUCCUUUUCCAGUUCUGAGUAUGAUGGUGGGAGCAGUAGUGGUGAGAUUAACCCCAACAGCCGACACAGCUGAUCCAACUGUCUCUAAUAGCUCCGUGGGUAAUGACUCGGCACUAGAUGACCAUAAGGUGAUGGUGGCUGCAACGGUCACAAUUCUUUCUGGCAUCAUUCAGAUGCUCUUGGGGGUCCUGAAGCUCGGCUUCGUGGUGAUUUAUCUAUCCGAGUCCCUGAUCAGUGGCUUCACCACAGCUGCUGCUGUGCAUGUUUUGGUUUCCCAGCUCAAAUUUAUGCUGCAGCUGACAGUCCCAGCCCACACUGAUCCAUUUUCACUCUUCAAAGUACUAAUUUCCGUUUUCUCACAAAUUGAGAAGACUAAUAUCGCAGACCUGGUGACAUCCUUGGUUAUCCUAUUUGUUGUAUUUGUGGUUAAAGAAAUAAAUCAGCGCUACAAAGCCAAACUUCCAGUGCCCAUCCCAAUUGAACUCAUCAUGACUGUGAUCGCGACAGGUGUGUCCUAUGGCUUUGACUUCAAAAACAGGUUUAAAGUGGCUGUGAUUGGGGAGAUGAAAAGUGGAUUCCAAGGCCCCAUCACCCCUGACGCACAGACUUUACAAGAUACCAUAGGAGACUGCUUUGGAAUUGCUGUUGUUGGCUUUGCUGUGGCCUUUUCUGUGGCCAGCGUCUAUUCUCUCAAAUACGAUUAUCCGAUUGAUGGCAAUCAGGAGUUAAUAGCCUUGGGAGUGAGUAACAUAUGCGGCGGGUUAUUCAGAGGAUUUGCAGCGAGUACCGCCCUCUCCAGAUCGGGGGUCCAGGAGAGUACAGGAGGCAAAACUCAGAUUGCUGGCCUUAUCUCUGCUAUCAUCGUGCUGAUUGUCAUCUUAGCCAUUGGAUUUCUUUUGGAGCCUCUGCAAAAGUCUGUCCUGGCAGCUUUAGCACUUGGAAACUUGAAAGGAAUGCUGAUGCAGUUCACUGAAAUACGAAGAUUAUGGCGAAAGGAUAAGUAUGAUUGUAUAAUUUGGAUCAUGACCUUCAUCUUUGCUGUUGUCCUGGGGCUCGGUUUAGGCCUGGCGGCUAGUGUGGCAUUUCAGCUCCUGACCAUCGUGUUCAGGACCCAGUUUCCCAAAUGCAGCAUGCUGGCUAAUGUUGGAAGGAGUAACAUCUAUAAGAAUAGAAAAGAUUACUCUGACAUAUACGAGCCAGAAGGAGUGAAGAUUUUCAGAUGUCCCUCUCCUCUUUACUUUGCCAACAUUGGUUUCUUUAAGCGUAAACUUAUCGAUGCUGUUGGCUUCAGUCCGCUUCGAAUUCUUCGCAAGCGCAACAAAGCUUUGAAGAAAAUCCGAAAACUGCAGAAGAAAGGCCUGCUGCAAGUGACACCAAAAGGAUUUAUAUGUACAGUUGAUUGCGUUAAAGAUUCUGAUGAAGAACUGGACAAUGAUAAGAUAGAAGAGCUAGAUCAGCCGAUCAACACCACAGACCUGCCCUUCCAGAUAGACUGGAAUGCUGAUCUUCCUGUCAACAUCGUGGUCCCUAAAAUCAGCCUGCACAGCCUCAUUCUUGACUUUUCAGCAGUGUCAUUUCUUGACGUUUCUUCCAUGAGAGGGCUCAAAACGAUCUUGCAAGAAUUUAUUAGGAUCCAGGUAGAUGUGUAUAUCGUGGGAACUGAUGAUGAUUUCAUUGAGAAGCUUGGCCGGUGUGAAUUUUUUGAUGAUGAAGUCAAGGACUCAAUAUUUUUCUUAACAAUCCAUGAUGCUGUUUUGCAUAUUUUGAUGAAGAAAGAUUACAGUACUUCAAAGUUUAAUCCCAGUCAGGAAAAAGGAGCAAAAUAUGAUUUCACCGUAAAUACAAAUGGAGGAUUACGUAAUCGGGAAUGUCAGGUAUCAGUUGAAACAAAAUUCUAAUCAAAAUAUAAUCCAGAGGGAUCCUCGCCUGACUGUCAAAGAACAACUUGAUACCCAGAAAGUUAUUGAUAAGUUCAUACAUUGUAUGAAGAGUAUUUUUAUUUGCCAGAAAUUAUGUUUCAAACUUUGGAACGAGAUUGUUCUAACAUGGUAUAUUUUUCACAUAUCUAGUAUAAAAUUAUGUAAAUAAUCUUAAUUUUGUAUCUUGUAGAUUUAUCUAAGGACAAUUAUUUUGUUUAUAUGUAUUUUUAUAGCACUGACAGAUUUCACUACAGAUUUCACUGCCUUCAUGAAUGUUUUGCAGUAUAUUUUUGCACCACUGCUUUGAAUCUUGUAAUUUAUACAGUUCAUACUAAUAUAUACCCAUUUUUUAAAAAUUAAUUGUACAGUGGGUGUGUCUUGUUUACUCUUAAAUUUCUUAUUAGCUCUGAAACGUGCUUGCUAUGGAUCUUCUUUAUAGUGAUCUGACUGGAAACCUGAUUCAUGAGGAUUUUCUAAACUCCUGGCAAUGGGACUUCUUUGCCCAGAUUUUAUGAUUAUCACUGUUGCUUUUUAAAGCACUCACCCACCUAUCCAGAUUUAGACACAAUCCUCCUAAUGCCAUAUCUGUAACUUAAGUAGUUUUUGAAGCAAAUCUUUAUUCUUUCCCCCACCUCUUUGUAUGAAAAUUGUAUAUGCUGAUGGAAGAUAUAAAAUGAAAAGCAAGGAAGUAAAAAGCCAAGAUAGUAGGAGAAAGUAUGACUCCACUGCUGGUCGUUAUUUGUAACUCACAGGGAGACAGGCCUAGAGCUCAGUUGAGCUGGUGAAUGGAGAUUCGGCGCAGGUUUCUCUUUUUUGCUGGCACUGCUCUUGGUGCAAAUGUGCAUUUAUUUCAUGUAAUAGAAAUUAAAUAUCAUCACCAACAGAAAAAGA